AUGUCUGCCGAGCCGAAACGACGAUCUACGCGUGUUUUGACAAAGGGACAGCAGCAGAUCAAUUUUUGUACCGUUGCACCGAGCCCAACCCCAGCAGCCACCGUAAAGGACAAGCCUCAUCCGCACGACGCUGCGACCAAACAGCACGAUACUGCAUCUACCGUACCGGCCAAACGUGCCCUGGAAGAUACUUUGUCGCAACGAUCCUCCACUGUGAAGAAACCUCACACUGAUCCAGUCCCAGUCUCAGUUCCUUCCAGCGAAAACAGCCAUGGCGCGUCUGUGACAAAAUGUGAAAAACUUGAUAGCGACAUUGACAGACAACAAACUACGCUGCAAGUGGCCGAUGCGGUGACCAAGUCAUUGCCACCAGUGAAUGAAACUGUCAUUGACCAGCAUGAGCCAGUUGACCCAUUGCCAUCUCCAACUACCGUCACUGAGCCUGUUACUGACAAGACAGCUCAAGUAAACAUCGACCCGGCAAGCAGUAACGAAGCGAGCAAAAGCAAUACCGACGUCCAACAAGAUGAUACCGUUGAUGAAGGAGGUAAAGUGGACCGUGUUACAUCAGCCAAAGAAGCCUUGACCGGUGAAUCACUGCCUGGAUCCUCUGCAACACCAAGAAUGUACAUGCUUGAGAGCGAUAAAACGCGCAUUGCUGAAGAGCAAUAUAUUCUUGAAAAGUUGCAUGAAGCGCUCGACAUGAGCUUGAACUUUCACCUUGGCCAUAAUCGAGUCGCUUUCUACCACAAAAUCGAACCCAUGUUGCGAAAUACUACCAGAAAAAAUAUCACGUUGGCUCAUGUUUCAAAGAUUCUGUACCUUGCUCCUGAACUUUAUGACAUCCAUCCUCGCAUCGUAAAGGAAUUUGGACGAACCAUUGAAGCUUACAUUCUUGAAUUUGGCAAACAGUGGAUCGUGCCACUAUCAGGAAAAGAUGCCUAUAAGCGAAAAACCAUGUUAUCCAGCCGCAUCCAAUCGUAUUUUGAAGCACAUAAAGAGCCUUCCGCUACCAUUCCUGAAAAACCGUUGCCGAAAAUUGAAAAGGUCGUUGACAAGGCUGAAUGGUUGCGUCAAGCUGAACUACCUUCCGGUAUCAAAUCCAUUCUGGAAAUCAAGGAACGUCGUCGCAAGGAUGCCGAAACGGAAGCCGAACAAAAACAACAGGGUCCCCGUCCAUUACCGAAAGGCAAUGUGAAGGAAAGAGGAAAAGCGCUUUUGGAAAGACUUCGAGCCCGACAAAAGGCCAAUGAAGAACAGCGCGAUUAA